AUGAUCCAUGCGAAUCCCAAUGGCGCCACGGCUGGCUUUGCGUAUUUCUGCAACGCUGUCGUACGCUGGACCAAGCCUAGCGAGCGCCUCAACAAUGAAUUCCAAAAGAUCUUGUAUGGUUUCCGAGAAAUGAGCGGUGACAAGUGGGAAUCACAUAAGGCCCAAUUCCCCGUGAUUAUUCGUCAGCGUCUGGAAGAGCGCUAUGGUCUCUAA